AUGGUCGAAGGGAUGACAAGAAAUAUUGUAAUCAUUGGCGCUGGGGCUGCCGGUAUGGUAAGUCUUCUUUUUAAAUAGUUGUCACGCACCGCUUGAUGAAUUUAUCUUUCCAGUGAAACGACCAAAACCUUCGUCAUUAAGCUAAGGAAAUCCAUCGUUUGGUUUUGUCUAUCAAUUCUCCAGAUGAAAUACCACGUACUGACACCAUUUGUUAUAGUCCUGCGCUGCCACUCUCGCUCAACAUCCCGAGAAGUUUAACGUGACUGUUCUGGAACGUGCUCCGGUAACAGGUGGGCAAGCAACCUCGAUAUCACUUGAUAAGAAAAAAUAUGGAACAGACUGGAUGAAUGAUGGUGUUCAAGGUGGCUCACUGGUAGGCUUCUCCUUCCCCAGAAAUGCCUAUCGUCAUAUCAUAACACCUACUCAGAUUUUCAAACACACUUUAAAUUUCUUCCGAAAGUAUGGCCAUGAACCACAAGAGAUCAAACUCCAGGUCGCUUUUGGAAAAGGACCAGACGGGUUUUGGACAAAUUGCUUUCCAAGCCCUCUGAUUGAGCAGUUCUCCUCAGACAUCAAAAAGUUCGGCAAGGUUCUCAAACUUAUCAAGUGGACUCUGCCAAUUCUCGGCCUUGUCCCGAUCCGAAUCAUGCUCAAAAUGUUUUUCUUCAGCAAAGACUUUGGCGAUAAAAUGGUCUAUCCAUUGAUCGCUUUGUUUCUCGGAACUGGCAACCAGACUGCAAAUGUUUCAUGCGCCAUCCUUGAAAGAUUAUUCGAUGACCCGAAUAUGAAGCUUUGGGACUACGAUUCUGAAACACUUUUACCCAAUCUGCCAACUAUGGUAACUUUCCCAAAUCUGCAUAACUUCUACGAGGACUGGAAAAGUGAUCUCAUCUCUAAAGGAGUUGACAUUAGACUUGAGACUGAAGUGACGGAGAUCGUCCAACGAAACAAGAAUGGAGUCACUUUCAAGAGCAGACAGGUUCAAAAGGACUCAAUCGGACAACAAGAAAAUUCAAAAGUCAACACGGAAAAGUUUGACGAUCUCGUUAUGUGUGUUUUAGCCGAUGACGCACUUAAACUACUAGGCAAAACCGCAUCUUACAGAGAAAAGUUCGUCCUUGGUGGCGCCAGCUUCUAUGAUGAUAUAACAAUCACUCAUUCAGAUCACGCAUACUUCCAGAAACACUAUGAAACACAUUUUUCUGAAUCUCUUUGCGCAGAGCCAAAGUCGAAGUCUCAGCGUGAUCAAAUUGCAUUCGCGAAAGGCGAACAAAGAGGCGUGGAUGACGAGCCAAGCGGGUACAGGCCAAUGUACUAUACGAAAUCUUACAAAGAGGAUCCCAAGAAGAUUGAGAUGAGUUUCGAUUGUACCAACUAUCAGCACCAAUUCCGGAUGGACCAUGACGCCGAGAUCGCCCCGGUGAAGUUUGAAAACCAUGUCUUUCAAAGUAUUUUCCUCGACAAGGGGAACAAGGAACUUUGGACAAUUGAUGAGAUAGACGAGAGCAAAGUUAUUGAGAAGAAGUGGUGGCAUCAGUUAGGUCACAAAUGGCAGCAUUACGUCAGAGUGGUUCCAGGUAUGUAUUUUUCUGAUAUGGCUUUUCCAAGUAACCAUAUUAAUGAAGAUGUAGGAAUGAUGUUCCUGAAUGGCAAGAAUCGCACCAUGUUUGCUGGUUCCUGGACAUUGGUGGUAUGUACUGUUUACUCGUCAAUACCUCUCGAGAUCCUCCUGAGCCCAAUUUUAGAGUCUUGAGCUGAUGAAGCAAUAGAAUAUGCACGAGCUAGCUUGUGUAAGUGGAAUUUCGGCAGCGUAUCGUCUUGGAGCAGGCUAUGUCAAAUUUGAUGAUUUUGCGGAGGACUUUUUCAGCAAAUAUUUACUCCUCUCGCAUGGUGUACGGUAUGGGGCCGAGCAAAAAAGGAGGAAACAGAAGCAGAAUUAAAAUUCUAUAUGAGGGAUUGAAU